AGUCGACUUGUACACCUUGCACGGUUCAAAAAAUGAAGUUACUCUGGCUGCUGUUAGUGGGCGUUGUUGCCGGGCAACCUUGUGAUAAGCUCUGUCCCAUCAAUAAUAACUUCGGAUGUGUCAGCAAGGACAAUAAAUGCUUUUACACCGUUCGCAAUCCAUGUAUUUUGAAGGCCAUUAACUGCUAUCGUAAAUCGAAGAACUUAUCUGUUUUGAAGCCCAUUUUGCGCAGCAAGUGCACCAAUAAGGAAGUUCCAGUUUGCGAGAAUAUCAAUAAAUAGUUGCAUUAAUGUAAAUAUAUAU